CAAUUUACAUCAGUUUCGUGCUUUAUAUAUGAAUAAAUAUGAAUAUGUCAGUGCGCAUGGUCACUCCUUCAUGUUACGACAGGAAUGUUCAUCUGCGUGUAUGUUCUCUGAGUUGCCUACAUCAGUGUGUAUGAUACGUUAUUAGACAACAGGAAUGGAAACUAGCUGAACAGGGGUGAUUACUAUGGUGAGUAAAUAACUUAAUAACUAUAUUUGUAACUUGAGUAAUCAAAGUUGAGUAUGCUAUUGACAAUAGGUGUAAAUUGAUUAUCUAAUAUUUUCUGUUAUAAUAAAUAUUUUUGUAUUAUUUCAUGGCUUUAUUGUUUUACUAUUCUUUUUGAUUUUAAUACUCUUUACAAAUAUUGAACGGCAUUUGUCAUAUUGUGAUGUUUGCGGGCAGACAUUCACUUUUCCUUAUAUUUAAAAACAGAGGCACUACCAAAAUAUACUUGUGCUCUGAAAGCCACUACAGAAAAGAUUGCAAGGGGUGGGGGUUAAAAACACACUUUUUAAAAUCAAUUAUGACAAGCUGAACAUUUAAAACAUUCUUAGUUAUUUCAUGUUAUUCCUAGUUAGGAGAAUAAACGGAACUAUUUUGUUUAGUCACAUGGUCUAUCUCAUAUUAUGACGUUCCAGAACAAGUCUAUUGUGACUGCUCAUGGGUGACACACUGAAUUGUUGACAUUAUUAUGGGCUGGCGGUGGCCCUUCUUUAGGCUAAAUAUUCAUCAUUACAAACCAGAAUUAUAGACUUUCUCAGAUUGUAACAUCUUUAUUCUGCUCUUGUCUCAGUGCACUUUGGUACUCUGGAUAAAAUAAUCUGUGAAAUGCAUGUGUAAAAAAAAAGAAAAAGAAACGAAGAAGAAGAAGAAGAACUUAUCAAUAUAAAGUAUAAAUAAAGUAAAGACACUGUAACUGUUGUAUUGUUGUGUUCAGGCCGACCCGGACAUGUCUUCGCAGAGUGGGGGUUAUGAUGUGGAGCUGUUCAUAGAGACCCCAGACUAUGACCUGAUCUGCACCAUUUGCCAGGGGGUCCUCAGGUGCCCAGUAAGAGCUGCAUGCCACCACAUCUUCUGCAAGAAAUGCAUUUUACAAUGGCUGAAGAGGUACUGCCUGUGCCUCAUCACAAGCAAACAUUAUUGCGUCCAUAGAUCAUGGUUGGAUGAAGAGACAGUUUCCCAGACAGUUUCUCCAUUGAAAUAGCUUCAUAGUCCAAUACUAUAGGUUUAAUCUGUGUCUGGGAAACUGUCAUCAUCAUUGGUUUAAUUUAGGCUACAGCAGAAUAAUAACCUAUUUAUUACUGUAGUAACGAAUAUACUAAUAACUAUUACUAUAGGCCUAUACUACUACAAUGUAAAUAUGAGACAUUUUGGGACAGUUUGUAAGUGAUGAAUAUUCAUCAUUUUUCUUCAGGUGCAGACAGCAGACCUGCCCCUGCUGCAGAAAGCCUGUCAACCAGAGCUUGAUAUUUGCAAUGUUCAAGCUAAGCAAGGCAAUCGGUCGCCUAAAGAUCAAGGUAAGUCAAUGUAAAUGUUUUGUUAGAGAAAAAACACACACUUGGAGCAACCUAAUCUCUUGUAGCAAACAUCUGCUUACUUGCCCCUUGGGUGUGUUCAUGCUUAAUCUCAUAGAGCCAGACAAGUGUGCCUCUGAAUAGUGCAUAUACUCCGACAGUCUGGCACGCGAGAUUAGCACAUGCUAACUUUGCUUACAAUAAGUAUUAAUGGACAAUCAGAUACUCUUGUUAAAAGCUGGCAUUAAAUAUGUAACAAACGUUUUGUUAUAUAAAAAGGUACUGAAAAGUCACCAGAUGUGGGUCUUAUAAUUACACGUUGACCUCUGGGUCUUAUAAUAAACAUAUACUGUACUUACAGUGCAUUCUGAAAGUAUUCAGACCCCUUGACUUUUUCCACAUUUUGUUACGUUACAGCCUUAUUCUAAAAUUGAUUAAAUAAAUAAAAUAUCUUCAUCAAUCUACACACAAUACCUCAUAAUGACAAAGCGAAAACAGGUUUUUAGAAAUUUGUGCAAAUUUAUAAAACAUACAAAACAGAAAUACCUUAUUUACAUAAGUAUUCAGACACUUUGCUAUGAGACUCGAAAUUGAGCUCAGGUGCAUCCUGUUUCCAUUGAUCAUCCUUGAGAUAUUUCCACAACUUCAUGGGAGUCCACCUGUGGUAAAUUCAAUUGAUUGGACAUUAUUUGGAAAGGCACACACCUGUCUAUAUAAGGUCCCACAGUUGACAGUGCAUGUCAGAGCAAAAACCAAGCCAUGAGGUCGAAGGAAUUGUCUGUAGAGCUCCGAGACAGGAUUGUGUCGAGGCACAGAUCUGGGGAAGGGCACCAAAAACAUUCUGCAGUAUUGAAGGUCCCCAAGAACACAGUGGCCUCCAUCAUUCUUAAACAGAAGAAGUUUGGAACUACAUAGACUCUUCCUAGAGCUGGCUGCCUGGCCAAACUGAGCAAUCGGGGGAGAAGGGCCUUGUUCAGGGAGGUGACUAAGAACCUGAUGGUCACUCUGACAGAGCUCCAGAGUUCCUCUGUGGAGAUGGGAGAACCUUCCAGAAGGACAACCAUUUCUGCAGCACUCCACCAAUCAGGUAUUUAUGGUAGUGGCCAGACGGAAGCCACUCCUCAGUAAAAGGCACAUAACAGCCCACUUGGAGUUUGCCAAAAGGCACCUAAAGGACUCUCAGACUCUGAGAAACAAGAUUCUCUGGUCUGAUGAAACCAAGAUUGAACUCUUUGGCCUGAAAGCCAAACUUCACAUCUGGAGGAAACCUGUCACCAUCCCUACGGUGAAGCAUGGUGGUGGCAACAUCAUGCUGUGGGGAUAUUUUUCAGCGGCAGGGACUGGGAGACUAGUCAGGAAAGAUGAACGGAGCAAAGUACAGAGAUACUUGAUGAAAACCUGCUCCAGAGCACUCAGGACCUCAGACUGGGGCGAAGGUUCACCUUCCAACAGGACAAUGACCCUAAGCACACAUCCAAGACAACGCAGGAGUGGCUUUGGGACAAGUCUCUGAAUGUCCUUGAGUGGCCCAUCCAGAGCCCAGACUUGAACCCGAUCGAACAUCUCUAGAGAGACCUGAAAAUAGCUGUGUUGCGACGCUCCCCAUCCAACCUGACAGAGCUUGAGAGGAUCUCAAAUCAAAUCAAAUCAAAUCAAAUUGUAUUGGUCACAUGCGCCGAAUACAACAGGUGCAGACAUUACAGUGAAAUGCUUACUUACAGCCCUUAACCAACAGUGCAUUUAUUUUAAACAAAAAAAGUAAGAAUAAAACAACAACAAAAAAAGUGUUGAGAAAAAAAGAGCAGAAGUAAAAUAAAGUGACAGUAGGGAGGCUAUAUAUACAGUAAAAUAAAGUGACAGUAGGGAGGCUAUAUAUACAGGGGGGUACCGUUGCAGAGUCAAUGUGCGGGGGCACCGGCUAGUUGAGGUAGUUGAGGUAAUAUGUACAUGUGGGUAGAGUUAAAGUGACUAUGCAUAAAUACUUAACAGAGUAGCAGCAGCGUAAAAAGGAUGGGGUGGGGGGGCAGUACAAAUAGUCCGGGUAGCCAUGAUUAGCUGUUCAGGAGUCUUAUGGCUUGGGGGUAGAAGCUGUUGAGAAGUCUUUUGGACCUAGACUUGGCACUCCGGUACCGCUUGCCGUGCGGUAGCAGAGAGAACAGUCUAUGACUAGGGUGGCUGGAGUCUUUGACAAUCUGCAGAGACGAAUGGGAGAAACUCCCCAAAUACAGGUGUGCCAAGCUUGUAGCGUCCUACCCAAGAAGACUUGAGGCUGUAAUCACUGCCAAAGGUUCUUCAUCAAAGUACUGAGUGAAGGGUCUUUGUCAUUAUGGGGUAUUGUGUGUAGCUUGAUGAGGGGGAAAAAAACAAUUUUAGCAAUUUUAGAAUAAGGCUGUAAUGUAACAAAAUGUGGAAGAUGUCAAAAGAGGUCUGAAUACUUUCCGAAUGCACUGUACUCCUUACCAUUUCACCUCUGCCCUUCUCCUGUCCCCCAUCUUUUCCCCCAGUGUAAAAACGAGAUCCGUGGCUGCCCGGAUACCUUAGCCCUGUCGGAGCAGUACUGCCACAGCAUGAGCUGCCUGUUCGAGCUCAUUCCCUGCCCCUACCAGGGCUGCCGUGCCCAGCUCCUCCGCAGGGACCUGGAUGCCCACGCCAGGCACUGUGAGCACUGGAGCCAACCCUGCCACAUGGGCUGUGGCACCGUGCUGUCCCACCGCACCCAGGCCCAGCACAACUGCUACAGGCAGCUGAGGCAUGAGUACGAGGCCAGGCAGAGGAACCACCGGGCCAUCGCAGCGGCCCUCCAGAGGAAGAUGAGGAGGAUGCAGAGCACCAUGGCCCACAUGAAGAGGCAGAUCGGCCUGAUCUGUGAGAGCCUAGAGGUCAUGGACGAACUGGAGGAGGAAGAGGAGGAGGACCUGGGUGAAACCAGCGGUAGUGGGAGUUUCAGUAGCAGUAACAGCAGUCCCUGA